AUGGGACGUGCUGGAAAAAAGAGUGGAGUAAGGUCACAACCUCGCUGCCAAGCCGCCAAGGCAACGUCUAUCAGCGCAUAUUCGAUGCUAAAGCAUAAGGACGAUGGCAAUGGACGCAAUCCGUUCUUCCGUUUUCUGGCCCACUUUCGAAAAUGUUUCAACAACUGCCUUGGUCACUUGCCCUCGGGUCGGGUAACUCUUAUUGCCAGCAAGGUGUGGAAUUGUAUGAGUCGGACUGAGAAAGAACCCUUUAUCGCUGCUGCGCGAAGAUUUAACUACACGUACCGAUCGCGAAGCAAGAAAGUCAACUGGGUCCUGGAGAAACUGCGAGAAUCCGCUGCUGGAGUAAGCCAACCCCAGGCACAGAGGGUGUUGAUAAAUUCUUUAAGGUCUUGGCAGGAAUCCGUGCUGAAGGAUCUCCUAGUCCUCGAUUACAAUCAAAACUAUUUGAAUUAAGUGUAAUCUUUAAUAAAUGAUCACUCAAGGUAA